UAUUGUCUCAUGCGCAUACGUCAUUUCCCGGAAGUGAAACGGUCGCAACACGGAAGUGUAGGAAAGAAAACAAAUAAUCGUUUAAUUUUGUGUCGGAGAAGACGCCCUAAGCUUCGUUUACCUUCUGGAAUAUCGUCUUUUUGCCGACGAGUCGGGUACACGAUGGAGUUCCUGUUUGGGAAGAGGAAGACUCCGGAGGAGAUGCUGAGGCAGAACCAGCGAGCGCUCAACCGAGCCAUGAGGGAACUGGACAGAGAGCGAAUGAAACUGGAACAACAGGAGAAGAAGAUCAUUGCUGACAUUAAGAAAAUGGCCAAACAGGGGCAAAUGGACGCCGUCAAGAUCAUGGCCAAGGACUUGGUCCGCACGCGGCGCUACGUUAAAAAGUUCAUCAUGAUGAAGGCGAACAUUCAGGCCGUCAGUCUAAAAAUACAGACGCUCAAGUCCAACAACAGCAUGGCGCAGGCUAUGAAGGGCGUAACCAAAGCCAUGGCUACCAUGAACAGACAGCUGAAACUGCCUCAGAUUCAGAAGAUCAUGAUGGAGUUUGAACGGCAGAGUGAAAUGAUGGACAUGAAAGAGGAGAUGAUGAAUGACGCCAUUGACGACGCAAUGGGUGACGAGGAUGAUGAGGACGAGAGUGAUGCCAUCGUGUCCCAAGUGCUGGACGAGCUGGGUCUGAAUCUGUCCGACGAACUGUCAAAUCUUCCGAGCACAGGAGGAAGCCUGUCCGUGGCCGGGGGAAAGAAGGCCGAGCCGCAGGCCGCCCUGGCCGACGCCGACGCGGAUCUGGAGGAGCGUCUGAACAACCUCCGGAGAGACUGAACACACCGGACAAGUGCACUGUGGCAGGGUCUUAAUACAGAUACAAGCAUACUCGAAUCUCCGUGUCUAGAUUGUUUUGAAGGUGUAACCGGCGGGCUGUUCCAGCUUUCAGACCGCGUUAUACAGGUGUAUGGCUUUCUGUUUGAGGUGUUUUCAUUAAUGUAUACUGUAUUUUAUCAGCAACAACAAAAACAAAAAACAAAAUUCAUGGGGGGAUCAUUAUCCUUCAUAGGUCUAGCAAAUUCUUCUCAUUUAAGAUUCUGCCAAACGACACAAAUUGUCUUUUAAGUGACCAUUUACUUCACAGUUUGUGUAAAUACUAACUCCUCGAGGCAUGAUGCUUUCACAGAAUAAGUAAACACUAAUUACAAAUGUUUAAAUGAAUCCAAAUGGAGGCUGGUUAUAUUACAAAAGGUGACAUUUUAUAUAGUUGACAUUUAGAAAUGUCGGCACUUUUGUACAUCGGGCUGGUUUUUAGUUCUUUAUAUAAUCAUCAUCAUAAAAGCGUAGUUUAAGUCCCCGAUACAUUUGAUUGUGUUUAUUUGUCGGAGUUGACGGCUGAAGAGGGUUUACGUCAGCAUCUUUUUUUUCUUCUCCAAAUAAUAUUUGACAGGUGAUGUUCAGCCGACUCUUGCAGAGUGAAAAACACUCCUUUAUACUGCGUGUUAAGGGUUUCUGAGAUCAUCUUUUUUUUUUUUUUUUUUU